CGGUCACACUGACCGCAUGCGGCCAGCUGAAAAAUAACAAUUUGCAAGUAUUACAUUUAAAUUGAAACAGUAACUGAAAUGGACGACACCGACGAUCCCAUUGUGGAGGAGAUACCAGUAUUUCUAUCCAAGCAUCUGCAGGACCAGCUCUACUUGUUCCAGUACCCCACCAAAACCGAAAUUGCCAACCACGACGAUGCUGUCGUCGUCAACUGCUGUGUGAAACCUUUCACGCAGGAAGUCAAAGUGGAUUUCGGCCUCAAUCUCGAGUCUAAGCACUACGAUCGCUUCAAAGGCGAACAAUUUGCAGUGGCUGCCGAUGGCAAGAACACUUAUGGUGCUGUGCCCGCCAAGGGAGCCGAGAGACCCACAUAUAAGCGUGGUAUUAUGGAUAAGCAGGCGUUUACAAGUUCACGCUCUCUCACUGACAUCUCGAAAUAUGUGGUGGGCAUCUAUACGGAGGAUAAGGAGGUGCAUCUGUCGCCACUGGCCAGCAUUGUGCAACUGAGGCCUUCGCUCACCCACUUCGACAAGGAGGACAAGCGACGCAAGGCGGAACAAAAGGCACAAAAUGACGAAAUGGAUGAUGAGGAGGUUGCCCAGCAGGUGACGGUGAAGUUUGCACGUGGCACCGGCGCUGGCGCCGCUGCUGCCAAGAAAACAAAGGAACAGCGAGGCACCUACGACAACUUUGUGCAACGCAUUGUCGAGGAACCGUGGUGCGAAACCUAUUGGCAUGCAAGGAAUACGCCGACAGCGGAGCUGGAACGCCAGAAAAUGUUUUGCACAAAUCAUCAGUCGAAUCAAUCGUUGGCGUUGCCAUCCCGCGAGUAUCUGAACAAGCUGCUGCCACACGAUGAGCACGUGCAACAGGUUGACGCAAACAGCGUGUUGCCAGUUUAUAACAAGGCCAUGUUGAAGACGAUGCCGCUGCUGGAACAGCUGCGUGUGCUGCUCAAGGAUGCCAAGCUUCUCUCGUUUGCCGAUGUCCUCCACAUUCUGACUGAGCACAUCGAUCCGCAUGUGAAUGCGGACAAAGUACUGGCGUUAUUACCUCAAGUUGGCAUCUUGUUGCACGGCAACUGGGCGCCCAAGUCGGAGGUCGUUUAUCCCGAGAAGAUGCUGUCGCAUGCAAAUGGUGUGACAGCGGAGCAAAUGAUUCGAGCCAGGGAUUAUAUACUUUUCAGAUUCUCACGCACCUCGUUCCUGUAUCGCAACCAAGUCAUGACUGCCACUCAAUUGCCACCCGCCGAAACUCUGGAUGUUCUCAAGACUGUGGCACGCGUAACCGCUACGAAACGUUGGGAGCUGCUCCUGCCCCCAGAUAAGGAGUUUGAGCAGAAGCAUGUGGAGCUAGUGCAGCGUCAGGAGCUCCAUUGGCGUGCCACCGAGCAGAUGUACAGUGAAAUGGAUUGGGCUAAGGAAACGAAACGUGUGCGCAAGCGUUCCACGCGUAAAAGUGAAUCGCAGCCAUCAACUUCAGCAACGACAACGACGAUGCCGCCUCCUGCGAUGCAUUUGUCCGCAACUGAAACGUAGCAUCUACUAAACUGUUCCAAAUAAUAAAAUAAAACAUAUUUGUUA